CUUCUUCCAGGGAAUGCCCAAACUUGGCGCUCGAGAGGGCAUGAAGACAUUCGGCAUGGCAGAGACGUAGCUCCAUUCCUUCCCCCGCUCAUCGUCUCUGCUCUGCGCACACGAGGAUGCCCCUUCAGGCUACCAUGACGCUGGCAACAGCGGCAGCAGCCACAGCGCUCGCACUAGCGUGUAACGCGUCGUCGUCGUCCUGUCCGCCUUCUUCUAUCCCCGGUCACGGCAUCUACAACGGCUUCCAUCCGCCCGCUGGAGCCGCUUGGAACAGCUACAGUUACUGCAACGCCCCGCAUGUCAACGCUGCUCACUAUCCUCCACCUCCCUCCGGCAGUGAGCUGGUGUACGUCACCUCCUUCCAGCGCCAUGCAAAGCGCACACCGGAUAACCUGCUGCCAGGCGCAGACGUGGAGAGCUAUGCCAACCCCCAAAGUGGCUGGGACUGUUCGAAUGACUAUGAGGUGCUCAACUACGCAAAUGGCGGCCACGCGGGAGUGAGGAUGAAGACGGAAUACUCGAUCCCUCAAUGGAACCCGAUGCGAGGUCGACUUUGGAAUGGGAGCUGCUCAAGUGGCCAACUUACGCGUGCUGGUUGGGAGGACGCGAGGAUGCACGGCAGGGACUUCAUGAAGGUUUAUGGACCUGAAGGACUGGCGCAGAUUCUGGGCAAACACGGGCAAUCAGACAACGACAUGUGCGAUUCCAUCACGGUCCGUGCCUCCCCAUCUGCUCGCACGGCGCAAGUAGCUAGCGCCUUUCUAGCGGGUAUGGGAGUAUGCAAGAAAGACCUUGACGGGUCACAGCACAGCAAGAAGCUCAUCGUCCAGCCAGACACGAUCGAUGGAAUCGUUCCUUCAUACUCGUGCGCGCACGCGGACUCGCUACGUACGGCCAUUGAGGCUACGCCGGAAUGGAAGCGCCACCUCACCGACCAUGCGCAGGUGUUCGAUGCCUUACACGAAUCGCUACCCACUACGAAGGGCGUAGAGGCAUGGAACUCAUGGAUCGAUCACUCUUUCGACCUCUUGACCUCUAGACAGUGCCACGGCCACUCGCUACCAGCUGGUGGGCCGAAUGCACCAGCUGUCAACCAAUCCCUCGUCAAUCAGGUCUACGCAGCAGGCGAUUGGGAGUAUGACUAUAUCUGGAAUCGGGCGAGCAGCGCGAAUGACAGCAGCAGUGGGGCUUUGGCGGAUGAGUAUGUGCGAUAUGGUACGGCAGUGCUGGUGGACGAGCUCGCAAGAGACCUGAAGGCUGUGGAGGAGGGUAGGAAGGGGAGGCCGCUCGUCAAGCUCUUCGUUGGGCACGAUGGGACGAUGGUCCGUUUGCUCAAGACGCUGGCGCAGAGCGGGACGAUUAGGUGGCCGGCAUUGGGGUCUGAGGUGGUAUUCGAGGUGUGGCGGCAUCAUGCGGCGAAGGAUUCUGAGGCGGGCCUUUUCGUUCGCGUCUUCGCGUAUGGCACCUUGCUACACUCCAAAGCUGACAAGCUGCGCACCAACAACUCGUCAGACCGGGUCGAGUGGACGCCCCUUCGGGACGUCAUCGCCCAUCUCGAGUGCAGAAUACCAGAUGACCUGGUCGAGAGGUGUACGGCCGCGCCUUCCACUUCGUGAGGCGGGUGAUUGGUCUCUUGCUUGUCUAUUUGCGUUCCUUAUCGCUCUAAAUGAAGUUUCUGUCCACAAGAUCUGCUCAGACCCAAGUCUGGUCCUCUCGAGAGACGAUGCGCUUGACGGGCUCAAGCAGGUGGCUCAUGAGAUAGUCGCCGUUUGGCAGGUCGUUGUUGUCGGCUCUCCACAGGGCCUCCUCCUCAUCUUUGGCCACGCCCGUCAAGACGUGUCGCACUCUCAGCCUCUCUCUCGCCACUUGCCGAUCUACCUGCACAACCCACCGCUCGUUCAGCGCCCUUGCACCUCUCGCCCACUCUCCGUCGUCGCAAUUGCAGUAUAGCCCUUCGAUGAUCACCACGCGAUGUCGCGACUCGACACGUACAUCAUCAGCUACGGGGUCCUUCAGCGCAUGGUCAAAU